CUAAUUUCUACUACUCCGUCAUCUCCUCUCUCCAUUUUUUAGGGUCUUAUCACUUUCUCUCUCGCUUGAUAAUUCCCCCAAAAAAUGGCGGCUUCUGCUUCUUCUACUGCACAAAUCAAUGUCCUUGGUGGGAUUGGGUCGUCUUCUUCUUCGAAAAGAGGCGUCAGCGCCUCUUCUGCUUCCAGGACUGUGUUCUUCGGGCAGAGUUUAGGGAGGAGGAACAUAUUCAAUUCCGGGUUCUUGAGGUUAGAAAAGAGGGUGCAUAGGAGAUACAGUGUCGGACCAGUGAGGGUGGUUAACGAGAAGGUUGUGGGGAUCGAUUUGGGGACGACGAACUCGGCUGUUGCGGCUAUGGAAGGAGGUAAGCCGACGAUAGUGAGUAACGUGGAGGGGCAGAGGACGACACCCUCGGUAGUUGCGUACACUAAGAAUGGGGACCGGCUUGUGGGACAGAUUGCCAAGCGACAGGCUGUGGUUAACCCGGAGAACACAUUCUUCUCCGUGAAGAGGUUUAUUGGGAGGAAGAUGUCCGAGGUAAACGAGGAGUCCAAGCAGGUUUCCUACAAGGUGGUCAGGGAUGAGAAUGGAAAUGUGAAGCUCGAUUGCCCUAUUCUUGGGAAGCAGUUUGCCGCCGAGGAGAUUUCGGCACAGGUUUUGAGAAAGCUUGUGGACGAUGCCUCCAAAUUCUUGAAUGAUCAAGUGACAAAAGCUGUCGUAACUGUCCCUGCAUACUUCAAUGAUUCCCAAAGGACAGCAACAAAGGACGCUGGUCGUAUUGCUGGGUUGGAAGUUCUUCGUAUUAUCAAUGAACCUACAGCUGCAUCUUUGGCUUAUGGUUUUGAGAAGAAGAACAAUGAAACCAUAUUAGUGUUUGACCUUGGUGGUGGCACUUUUGAUGUUUCAGUGCUAGAGGUUGGGGAUGGUGUUUUUGAAGUCCUUUCUACUUCAGGGGACACUCAUUUAGGUGGUGAUGAUUUUGAUAAGAGGGUUGUUGAUUGGCUUGCUGGUAACUUUAAGAGAGACGAGGGCAUAGAUCUUUUGAAGGACAAACAAGCUCUUCAGCGGCUGACUGAAGCAGCUGAGAAGGCUAAGAUGGAGCUAUCAUCCUUGACUCAAGCAAACAUCAGCCUACCUUUCAUUACUGCCACUAAUGAUGGCCCCAAGCACAUUGAAACCACGCUAACAAGGGCCGAGUUUGAGAAAUUGUGCUCUGAUCUACUAGACAGGGUUAGAGCCCCAGUUGAAAAUGCUUUGAGAGAUGCAAAGCUCACCAUGAAAGAUUUAGAUGAAGUGAUUCUCGUCGGUGGGUCAACACGCAUCCCAGCUGUUCAGGAGCUUGUAAAGAAGAUUACUGGGAAGGAGCCCAAUGUCUCGGUCAAUCCUGAUGAAGUUGUUGCUCUAGGGGCUGCAGUUCAGGCUGGUGUUUUAUCUGGAGAUGUCAGUGACAUUGUGCUUCUGGAUGUUACACCCUUAUCACUUGGUCUGGAAACUCUUGGUGGUGUUAUGACGAAAAUAAUCCCAAGGAACACAACCUUGCCCACUUCCAAAUCAGAAGUUUUUUCAACUGCUGCUGAUGGUCAAACUAGUGUUGAGAUCAAUGUCCUCCAGGGGGAGAGAGAAUUUGUUAGGGACAAUAAAUCUCUUGGUAGUGUCCGCCUUGAUGGUAUCCCACCUGCUCCACGGGGGGUUCCUCAGAUUGAAGUUAAAUUUGACAUAGAUGCAAAUGGUAUCCUAUCUGUCACUGCUGUUGAUAAAGGUACAGGGAAGAAGCAAGACAUCACUAUUACUGGUGCUAGCACUUUGCCAAGUGAUGAGGUGGAGAGAAUGGUGAACGAAGCAGAGAGGUUUGCGAAGGAUGAUAAAGAGAAGAGAGAUGCUGUUGACACAAAGAACCAGGCAGAUUCUGUCAUCUACCAGACUGAGAAGCAGCUGAAGGAGCUUGGCGACAAGGUACCUGGCCCUGUGAAAGAGAAGGUUGAGGCAAAACUUAAAGAGCUCAAAGAUGUCAUUGCAGGGGGUUCAACGCAAUCAAUUAAAGAUGCCAUGACUGCCCUUAAUCAAGAAGUUAUGCAGCUUGGUCAGUCCCUUUACAAUCAACCAGGUGCUGCUGGUGCAGGUCCUACACCUGGUGCUGAAGCCACUCCUUCAGAUUCAUCAAGCAAGGGACCGGAUGGGGAUGUGAUAGACGCCGACUUCACUGACAGCAAAUGAGAUACAAAGUUUUGAGGCAUUAUAUUUUCUUUUCUUUCCCCCACUUCUGUUUCAGUUAUGUGUGUAAGAAAUUGAUUUUGUGGGGAUUCGGGUUACGUCGCUGGACGGUUUUGUCUAUGCAGACAGAGGGGUGUGGGAGUUGCGCUUUUUAGUAUAAGAAUUUCCAAAUAGUUUUUUGGUGACCACCAAAAGCAUUAUUGAACCUACACCAUUUUAGAGUCAGUAUAAGAAUUUAUUCGUGUGAGUAUACUAUCUCUAUCUAUAUUAUCAGUGAUUAUGGAAAUUUUUUAUAAU